AUGGCACGAAUGAGUACAACAACUGUGUCUAUCGCUAGAAGAAGAUGGAAAACAUGUUUAAUUUAUUUAAGAUUGAUUGCAACAAAGGUGGAUAUGAUGACCAAUGCAGCGCGCAAAGCUAUGCUCCGAUUUGAUGAUCUGCAUCUUUCGGCAAGUCUAGUCUCUUAUAAUCAUACCACUUUAGCCAAAAUUAUCACCAUGAACUCAAUGUAA